AGUUACAGGUAAGCAGCCGAAGCGGUAGGGCGCCUCCUUGGCGGUGGGUGCCGCGAGGGCGCCCGCCUCUCGAGAGCCCCGGGUGAAGACGCCAGGAGGAGCGCCAGACCGCGGCGACGCAGGUUGAUAUCAAAAUUGGAAGUUUUCUAGUUAUUAGAAAUUGAAAGUAUGGCAGCAGAAUUUAUAAAGAGUUGUUGUAGAGGAUGUCUCUAUGGUGAAACAGAAAAGCACAAAUUUUCUGUGGACAGAGGCUUUAAAGCAUCAGCCUCAAAUAGCCAAAAUACUAUUGGGAUACCUCCAUUGACUUCUGUUUUAGUAAAGCCCCAAGUUGGCUGUAAUGAAGAUUAUUUGCUUUCCAAAUUACCAUGUGAUGGUAAAGAAGUACAAUUUGUGGUGCCCAGGUUUAAAUUAUCUUAUAUUCAACCUAGGACACAAGGAAGUCCUUCACAUCUGGAUGAACUGGAAGGAUCUGCUAGAGCAUCUUUUGGAGAUCAAAAGACAGAACUUUGUAGUUCAUUCUACCAUGGACCCAGCUAUGAUGUGUAUAAUCCAUGCUAUAUGUAUCAACACUUUUCACCUGAUUUAAGUAGGCGCUUUCUUCCUCAUUGUGAAACAAAACAGUUAUAUGGCUCUGUUUGUGAUUUAAGGGCCAGUAAUUUUCCUGGUUCCUCUGGGCUAAGCAAAUCUAUGCUCGAUCUUACAACUUCAUCUCAGCGAUUCAUCCAGCGACAUGACUCAUUUUCCAGUGUGCCUAGUAGUUCUUCUUCAAGGAAAAAUUCUCAGGGCAGUAACAGAAGCCUGGAUACAAUUACCCUAUCAGGAGAUGAAAGAGAGUCGGGGAGAUUGAAUGUGAAAUUAUUUUAUAAUUCUGCAGCAGAGCAGAUCUGGAUCACAGUUUUGCAGUGCAGAGAUAUCAGUUGGCCCUCUAGUUAUGGAGACACUCCCACAAUUUCUAUAAAAGGAAUUUUAACAUUGUCCAAACCAGUACAUUUCAAAUCUUCAGCCAAAGAAGGUUCCAAUGCUAUUGAAUUUAUGGAAACAUUUGUAUUUGCUAUUAAACUACAAAAUCUCCAAGCUGUGAGACUUGCAUUUAAGAUUCAAACCCAGACUCCCAAGAAGAAAACCAUUGGAGAGUGUUCUCUUUCACUCAGAACUCUUAGUACCCAGGAAAUGGAUUACUCGUUGGAAAUAAUACCACCUUCAAAAAUUUCUGUUUGCCAAGCAGAACUUGAACUGGGGACUUGUUUUCAAGCAGUAAAUAGCAGGAUUCAGGUGCAAAUUCUUGAGGCACAAUACCUUCCAAGUUCAUCAACACCUUUGGCUUUGAGUUUUUUUGCGAAGGUAGGGAUGUUUAGCUCAGGAGAGCUGAUUUAUAAGAAGAAGACACGCUUAUUGAAGGCCUCCAGUGGAAGAGUAAAAUGGGGAGAAACUAUGAUUUUUCCACUUAUACACACUGAAAAAGAAAUUGUUUUCCUUAUUAAACUUUAUAGUCGGAGCUCUGUAAGAAGAAAACAUUUUGUAGGCCAGCUCUGGAUAAGUGAAGACAGUAAUAAUAUUGAAGCAGUGAAUCAAUGGAAAGAGACAAUUACAAAUCCGGAAAAGGUUGUUAUCAAGUGGCACAAGUUAAAUCCAUCUUGAAGACUUUGGGCAUUAAUUUACUGAAGAGACAGCUUGACAUUCUUUUAGAAGAAACAUAAUUUUUAAAAUUUGUAAUGAGUUCUUUCAGGUACACAAAGUGAAUGAAAUGUUUUAAAAUGGUGCCAAAAUAUGAUAAAAGGGUAGUAGUAUGAAUUAUACAAUCUAUAAAACUAUCAAUCCUAGAUAAGUAUCUUUUUUUUAAGUGCUAAUAGACAUGUACAAGACUUUACCACUUUUCCAGUGCUAGACAUGAUUAAUUAGAUCUUGGUUAUACUGUUUAUAACUUUAUAUAUAUUAUUCUCACAGCAAAAAUGAAUAGAACCAUUCCGUUACUUUUUUCCUGUAUAUGAAGAAAAUUGGUACCCUGUACUUACAAUUUAUGUUAUUGCAUAGCCAUUUUAUAAACUGCUUAUUUCUUGGAGAAUUAGAGAGUUACUUACAUUUUUCAAAGAAUGAAUAAAGCUUGGAUCUAGCAGGAUUGCUUGGUGGGAAAGGAGCUUGUCCCUACACUGACAAAUUGAGUUCCAUCCCUGCGAUGCAAUAUGAUGGAAGGAGAGAACCAAUUCCUUCAUAUUGUUCAUUGUCAUUCACAGGUAGACCAUCAAAACACACACACACACACACACACACA